GUAUUUACUAUUUAGUCAGUAGUCAGUAGUCAGUACUGACUACUCAGAAGAAUUGGUAGAAUUAAGCACAAAUUAAGUAUAAUAUAACACUGUCGUUUUUCACACUUCACAUACAAAUUAAUUGUAUAUGCUACUGGUAUUAAAUUUUAAUCAACAUGUCUGGUCAUGAUGAAUAUGUCGAUAUAAUGACAUCCAGCCCGCCUCUUACAACCAAAGCAACCUUGCAAAGUUCGGGGGUGAAGAAAAAAAAAGUAAAGAAUAAUAAAGACAAUCCAGGAUCAAGUGAUGAAGAACGAUGGUUAAAAGCGAUUGAAACGGGUAAAUUAGAUGAAGUUGAUGAUGAGUUGAAGAAAAUUAAAAAAAAGGAUCCAAAAAUGAUGACUGCUAGACAAAGAGCUAUGUUUGAUAGAAAGUCUGAUAAAGAAUUCACUGAAGAACUCGUUGCAUUGCCUUCAGGAUAUCGGGAAAAGGUAUUAACUCCAGAAAUGUUACAAAAAAAAGCUAUUAAGUCACAAAAAAGAAAACAACAAGCUGAUGAAAAAAGGGAGAAUGAUAAAAAACGCACAAUGGAAAGAUUAUUGAAAAAACAUGAAAGUAAAUCUAAAACAAAUGCUAAAGGUCGGAUGGCAAGAAAAACCGUCAAUAAUAUUAUUUAUGUCAGUAAAAAUGACAAAGUGUCUCUACUGUUUCCAGAAGGUGUUGAGUUUCCUCUCAAAAAAUCUGUUGUGAAACUUCCACCUGCUCAAAAAAUGUGUGGUGUAGAUGGCUGUGAAAAUCCCAAGAAAUAUUCAUGUUCUCGAACAGGUUUACCAUUGUGUAGUUUACAAUGCUAUAAUGCAAACCAAUUAAAUAUUUGGAACACUGUAUGCUGAUUAAACACUCAUAUUUUUAGAUGGUCUUGUUGGUGGUAUCAACUUUUUUAAUUCGGAGUCAAUUUUUCGGUCAACCAUCACUUUGAUCACAAAUUCACCUUGUUGAAAUGGUUUGAAGGUAGCUGGUACAAUAACAUAGCUUCUCAAUGUAGACACUACAAAUGUUUCUGAGAUCACUUGUUUUGCUUUGAAUACUCCUGAACUACCUUCUGGUUCAGUACACAAAAAAUAUUCAGCUCCUAAUGUUUCUUUUUGUUCACAAUCAUUCUAAAAAUUAUGUUUGUCUAUGAUAAUUUUACAGUUUAUUUUACUAAUAAAUAAUAGUUGAAUUUACUUUGAAUAAAAAAAAUGCAACGUAUAAUGGA